UUUAGAUUUAUUGUAAACAGCCGUGCGGAAAGAAAAUGACCCACUGGUUUCAUCGCAACCCCUUGAAGGCCACAGCUCCUGUUUCCUUCAAUUUUUAUGGGGUAGCUACCACUCCUGGUGCGACAAAGAUUUGCAAUGAUAUCAGAUUAUCUCGAACACGGCUGUUGGAGCUGUUUACUGACUUGAGUUGUAAUCCAGAAAUGAUGAAAAAUGCAACUGACUUAUAUUUCUCACUCUUGCAAGGUUUUAUUAUUUCACUGGAUGACUCUUCCCAAGAAUCUAAGUUGCGAUAUAUUCAGAAUUUCAAAUGGACAGACACAUUGCAAGGACACGUUCCAAGUUCCCAGCAGGAUGCAGUAUUUGAACUGGUUUCUAUGGGAUUUAAUGUGGCUCUGUGGUACACAAAAUAUGCAUCAAGACUUGCUGGAAAAGAAGAUAUAACAGAAGAUGAAGCAAAAGAUGUUCACAGAAGCCUGAAGAUUGCAGCUGGGAUUUUUAAACAUUUGAAGGAAAGUCAUGUUCCAAAACUGAUUACACCUGUAGAAAAGGGAAGAGAUUUAGAAGCUCGACUUAUAGAUUCGUACAUCAUACAGUGCCAAGCUGAAGCUCAAGAAGUGACAAUUGCCCGGGCUAUUGAGUUGAAACACAAUCCAGGUUUAAUAGCUGCUCUUGCUUACGAAACAGCAAACUUCUAUCAAAAAGCUGAUCAAACACUAUCCAGUUUGGAUCCAGCCUUUGUAGGUAAAUGGAGGAAGUACUUAAACUUGAAGACUUGUUUCUAUAUGGCCUAUGCAUACUGUUACCAUGGUCAGACUUUGCUGACCAGUGAUAAGUGUGGAGAAGCAAUCAGAUCUCUGCAGGAAUCAGAAAAAUUUUUUGCCAAGGCUGAAGUAUUGUGCAAAGAAUAUGGAGAGACCAAAGGACCUGGGACUACAGCCAAACCUUCUGGACAUCUCUUCUUUAGGAAAUUAGGAAGUUUGAUUAAGAACACUCUAGAAAAAUGCCAGAGAGAGAAUGGAUUCAUUUACUUUCAGAAGGUGCCAUCAGAGGCUCCCCAGCUGGAACUGAAAGCAAACUAUGGCUUAGUAGAGCCUGUUCCUUUUGAAUUUCCUGCCCUGAAUGCACACUGGACUCCUGAAACACUUGCUGCAUUUGAUCUCACCAAGAGGCCAAAGGAUGACACUGCUAAACCGAAACCAGACGAAGAUGUAAAACCUCUGAAGGAACCAGAUAUAAAGCCUCAGAAGGACAGCGGCUGCCAGAUUUCUUAAGUGCCAUAAGUGCUUUGAAUUUCCUUUAAAAGCAUAUUAAUUGGACUUUGGGGCUCUUUGUUCUGAUCCUCCUUUUUCUGAGUCUUCUUUUUAAUUUAGAAUACUAAUUUAAUCUGCUUUUGUUAGUACGAAUCUAUCUUGCCUGAGAAUGUGGUGGAUUUUUGGAAGAAAUGUAUUUAUAUUUGACUUAUUUUUGGUUUUAGCAGGAUAUCAUAGAAUGAAUGGGCUUAAUUGUCCCUAUUGUGCCUCUAGAGAGUUUCUUUUUAUGGGGGUUUAGUUUCUACCCACAAAUAGCGAAGAAAGAAUUAUGACUGUAACACUUGAGGAUUUUCCAUUAAAUUGUAUGCUAUAUAAUGUCAACUUCUGCAAGCAGAUAUUAGCAUGAACAGUUGUAUUUAUUUAGGUUUGUCCCAAAGGCUUAACUCCCUGUCAUGUUCUGAUUUACUUAACUGUAAUGACUGAAGAAAAGCUGGAUUUGGUAUGUAGCUUUUGUAUAGUGUUUCACAGGGCUUUCACAGAAUUGGGAAAACUUGAAGCUCUGCAUAAUGAGAGCACAGUUUAUAUUCUUCUAAAGCUAUUGC